UGCAUUGUGGGAUAGAAAUAUUCAAAAUUAGAAAUUUCACUGUCAAAAGUUCUAACAACGUUUUGUUUAUUUAUUAUAAAUUUAUUUUAUUGAAAAAUUGGCUGAAAAUGACUGAAGAAUUUACCGAGAUAAGGCAUAUGGUGAAGACCUUCCGUGUCUCAGAGCUGCAAGAGCUGUUGGGUUAUGCAAAUCGCUCCAAGACCGGGAGGAAGCACCAACUUAUGGGAAGAGCAUUAGACAUGCUAAAGGAUGAUCCGGGAUCGAAAGUCUGUGGAAAGAUUCGUGAACUUUACGGUAGCAGAUACCCUAGACGUUUUCCGUAUGUUCCACCUCCAUCAAACUAUUCAUCUGGACCUAAUGUGGGCGAAUCCAGUGUUGGCAGAAUGUCACUCAUGACACAACCUAACAGACCAGUACGUCCCCCAAGUUCAUCGCUCUUGCCAGUGCAUCCAGAUGUGAAAUUGCGACACCUCCCAUUUUAUGAUUUCAAAGACAUUCUUGUUCGACCUCAAUCUCUAGUUCCUCAAUGCAAAACAACAACUUAUCAAGACUCAUUCAUAAUGUUUCAUAUCUCUCCGCACCAAGUGAAUGAAAUUGUCUCAUCCAGGGAUACCAGACCAAUGUCAAAUAAUGAAUACAACGUUCAGAUACAACUGAGAUUUUGUUUACUGGAAACGAGUUGUGAACAAGACGAUAUGUAUCCUCGUGCUCCCGCGGUGAAAAUCAAUGGGAAACCCUGUCCACUUCCGGGUAUAGGACCGCGCGACAACAAGGGAGAACACAAGAAAACAGGUCGUCCUGUCGAUAUUACGUCUUUUUGUCGUCUGUCAUCAACCAUACCGAAUCACAUUCACAUCUCGUGGCAAACGGAUCCCCUUCAGAGGUUCGUUGCGACAGUUCAUCUCGUAAGAAAGGUCACGUCCAGCUGUUUGAUAAAUAGGUUAAAGGCGCGCCAACGACGAAAUCCAGAUCAUUCGAAGGCACUGAUUAAGGAAAAGUUAACGCAAGAUCCGGACAGUGAAGUUGCGACGACCAGUUUAAGAUGCUCCUUACUAUGUCCGCUUGGAAAGACUAGAAUGACCAUACCUUGCAGGUCAAAGAACUGCAAUCACCUACAAUGUUUCGACGCUGCUCUUUAUCUACAAAUGAACGAGAGAAAGAGCAGAUGGAUUUGUCCUGUCUGUGACCAAGAAGCAAGAUUUGACAACUUGAUUAUUGACGGCUUAUUCAUGGAAAUACUCGAGAAAUCUCCUCAAAGCAACGACAUCGUCUUCUUUGAAGAUGGCUCGUGGGAAGCCCUCGGGACAAGUGACCAGGCUGCAAAAAUGACCGUGAUAUCUACUCCGAAGGCUGAAAAACCGGAAGUUAUCGAGGAAGAAAAACCAAAAAGAAAACACGAUCCUCAUGUCAUUGAUCUGACCGUGAGCAGCGACGAAGAAGAUGAAUAUAAUACAGCCAAGAAACCCUCGACAUCUUCAAGGAUACCAGUCCUCAGCUCGGCGUCAUCGUCUCAUCAUUUGGGCGUGCCUGGUCAACCAUCGACUUCGUUUUAUCCCAAUUUGAUAUCAAUGGGAAGUCAACCCGACUUGGGUGCGUAUACCGACUUGCCUUUCUACACCUUAUCUGCCGAUUCGUUCCCGUUCUACGGUGUGGGUGGUAACUUGGAUCAACAAGGAGGCAUGUGCGGGCAAACAGCAGCCCAUGCCAUCAAUUUGGAUUGACUAUAUGAUCCACAAUAAGUCCUGUUGUGAACAAAUCGCAAAAAAAAUCAAAUUUUAUUUUGUACAUAUAACAUAUAUGUAUAGUAUUUAGAGCAUGUACAGACAUGAGAUAGACUUUUUGAGAGCUUUUUGUACAUGUUAAACGUUUUACAUGUUAAAUUUGUUGCUAAUUUAAAUUGUUUCUGUUGUAUGGCCCUUUUGUCCGUUUAAAAUAUGUUUUCUGCCUAUCAACAUACUUUAUUUGAGUUUAAAAUUUGUACAUAGUUAGUGUAAUGACAAUUUUUGUUCUCUGUUGCUCAUUCGUCAAAACAUACACUGA